ACCUGACAUCGCCAAACAAGGUGGAACACUGACUGCAUCACCAAACACAGCACAGACUGCACAUUAUUCACAGGAGAACUUCCCACUCCAAGAUUCAGAAUGCCUUUGAGAAGAUCAGCUGCCAGCAUUCGCUCUGAUAGCAGUGAUGUGGACAUGGAAGGAACGGCGGAAGGUGAGCUGGCCAGGCUACAGCGCAUUAUUCGCCUGAAGAAGGAACAGUAUCAAGGAACCACUACUAGGAAAAAUGAACAAAUGCGGAGACAGCAGGCAGAGAUUUGUGCACUGGAGAAAAGGCGAGAGGAGCUGCUGAAGACCCUAAACAUUGCAGAAAGUCGUAGCAAUCAGUACCGUGAUCAGGACAGCCAGGAAAAACUUCACACCUUGUUGGAACAAAAUGACGAGCUGGAUGACCAGAUAACAACUGAGAGGAAAAUCAUUGGUGAUUUAGAUCGAAAGAUAAACUCCUGGGAGAGAAAACUUUCAGAUCAGAGAAAACAAGAGAGAAGCUCUUCAGGGUCUGCCACACAAAAUGCCCAGGCACAGAAGAAUGUCAAGGUUAAGGAAAACCGACUGGACCGGGUUCUGACCAAAUUCAAUCUGCAGCUGACAAAAAAUGCCAAGAUGAGGGAAGAGAUUGACAUCCUGAGAAUUGAGCGCUCUCGCUUUGAUCAACUCUACAAAAAGCUUGAAAAGGAAUUGUUACAAACGAGAAAGGAAAUCGCCACAGUGAUUGAUGAGUCAUCUGCUGCCUAUGAUGCCAGGGAUGAGGCCCAAACAAAAGUGCAGCAAAUGAAGGAAAAAGCUGAGAAGGAUCUGAACCAGCACACAGCAGAAAUAAAAGAGCUACAGCGAGUGAUUGACCAUGACCGCAGACUAAAAGAGUUUAUGGGAACCAAAACUCAGGAGCGCGCUAUCAGUGAGGAGGUGCUUGAUGCCCGACGUAGGAGAGAAAAAGAAGCACUAGAAAGAAAAAAACGUGAUCCAACAGAAGAAACAGUUGAGACAUAUGAACAAGCUUUUCAGCAGAUACAGUCUAUUACUGGGGAAGACAACCUAGACAUCCUCGUCAACAGGUUUAUUGAAGUGGAGGAUCGCAACUUUGCCUUAUUUAACUAUGUUAACGAGCAGAACAAUGAAAUAGAGAGGCUGAUGGAACAGACAACAGAGAUCAAAAAAGAAAUUGAAGAAUUCAAAGCCCAGGGAGUACGACUGGAGCAGGAACACCGGUCAAUCCUUAAGGACAUUGAAGGUAAAGAAGAGGAGGCAGUAAAGCAAACAGAUGGCUACCAACAGCAGCUUAAGGCAGUCAUGAAAGUUUUAGAUCAGCUCAAAGCAGGAAUUGAUUCCUUGUUCGGGAAGAUAAAUUGUGACCGCUCUGUCCUGGAUGAAAUGUUGGGCUCUUCAUCCAGCAUUCAGGAAUCAAACAUAAUGCAGUACCUUGGCCUCAUUGAGCAGAAAACAAAUGAGUUGCUGGCUGUCCAGUCCUUCCUCGACUCCAAGAACUUUGACAAGCCAUACGAUCCUCAACAAACAGCAAGAAUCCUUCUGGGACAAUUAAUAGACCUGAACCAACCAGACUAUGAAAUACAGCCACCUACCACUGGAGAUGAAUAUGACAGUGACAGCGAGUCCCUAACCGCAGAUGAAGAGGAGAGACCUCUGACACAGGCAGAAUUGCGGGAGAAAAUCAUGAGGGGGGUCUUGAAGAAAGAAGAGAAGGCCAGCAGAAAAGGAAAUCUCGGUGAAAAUAAUCUCACCAAAUCAACAUCGACUGCAAAGAAGUGAUUGGCAUCAGGGAUAAUGGGGGAUGAGGCAAAGAAUG